ACAUGUCAGCGCUGAACAGAGGGAGUGGAGGGGGAAGGUAGGACGUGAAGGCAGAGAUCGCGAGAAGAAAGCAUGCUUUUUAAAUAGUAUAAGAGAUAUGUCAACAAUGCACUGGUUUUAUUUUACGACUUUCCCCGUCGAGGCAAUUGCGUGAGUAGAUUGGAAAGCUUCGACAUAAAUUCUGCCAAAUUGUGCAACGACCGAAUAAGGUAAGGUAUGGUUCUGCACGAUACGCCACACGCUUAUCCUCUGUAGAAACUUCCAUGACCGUGCAUCACAAUGGCAAUUCCGAACGCCGAAUGAAACGGAGAUCCGACUCGAUCAAUGCCUCCAUAUAACUCGUGGCUCAUGCGCCGUCCUCUCCUUCGCGUGCACACCGAGAACUGUGAUCUAGUCUUUCGUCGUCGAGGCCGGAGCCAUGGCGCACAAGGGGAUCACAACGCCGACGACCCUCGAGGUGACCGUCGUGUCCGGUGAGUCUAUCCUGGUCCGUUCCGGCCGCGCCCUGGGGUGCGGCGCCUACGCCGUGGUCCACAUCGCGUCGUCGUUCGCGCGCACCAGCGUCGACGAGGACGCCGACUGCAACGGCUACCCGUACUGGGCCGAGGCCGUGCGUGUGGCGCUGCCGGCGGGCGCGCGAGGGCUGGACGUGGAGAUCUGCCGGAGCCAGUCCGGCGACCGGGUGGAGUCGGUGGCGGCGGCGCGCGUCCCGGUCGAGGACUUCACCGUGGGCCAGCUGGGGCACCUGCAUUGUCUCAGCUACCGGCUGUUCGACACCGGACGGGGGCUGCGCCGCCGCAACGGCAUCGUGAACAUCACCGUCAAGAGGCUGGACGGAGGCGAGGGCGGGGUGCCGCCUGCGAAAGCGCCUCUGCCGGCGACCCACAAGGCCGUGGACUCUAGCCCCGGCAUGAGUGGUUCGUGCUGCGGUGUCGCCGCGGAUCAAGAGAAGCCGGCGGCUGGUGUGGUGAUAGGGUACCCCGUCGGGUUCUCUGCGACCGGGCAUGCCGACGGCAAGGGCUGUGUAUAGAUCAAUACUCGAUCCAAUGUUAGUUUCAGGGUUGCAUUGUCUAUUUGAUCUUGCAGUAGGAUGUUCUUGAGCUAAUUGCUAUGCUCGGAUCAAAAGGUUCCAGGAUCGUCUGAAUUUGUUUGUGCAUUGGAUGAUUCGAUGAAUUGAACGAAAUAACAACUCUUGUUGAAACAAUGUCGCUGCCUUCUUUUCUGUUUUUGUGU